AGAAAAAAAGAAAAAAAAAAAAAAAGAAAAGGACCAACACUGGGAUUCAAUCGCCAAAACCCAACUCACUUCGUUGAAAGCUUAGGCAACUCAGCCGUUCAUCUUGGUGGAGCGAGAAAAAUCUGUGAGCUAAACGUGAUGAGCAAGAAGAAAAAUCCUCUUGUGUUCUUGGAUGUUUCAAUUGACGGGGAACCAGUGCAAAGAAUUAUCAUAGAACUCUUUGCCAAUGUUGUUCCUAAAACCGCCGAAAAUUUCAGGGCACUCUGUACAGGUGAAAAGGGGAUUGGGAAGACUACAGAGAAGCCUCUUCACUACAAAGGAACAUUUUUUCAUAGAGUUAUUAAAGGGUUCAUGGCCCAAGGUGGCGAUUUUUCUCGGGGAAAUGGGACUGGUGGUGAAAGUGUUUAUGGAGGAAAAUUUUCAGAUGAGAACUUUAGACUAAAACACGAUGGACCUGGUGUUCUUUCCAUGGCAAACAGCGGUCCAAACACUAAUGGAUCUCAAUUCUUCAUGACAUUUAAGCCCCAACCUCACCUUGAUGGGAAACAUGUUGUCUUUGGAAAAGUUGUGAUGGGAAUGGAUGUUGUGAAGAAAAUUGAGCAGAUUGGGACAGCUGAUGGGAAGCCUAGACAACCUGUGAAAAUUGUAGACUGUGGUGAACCAUCAGAAAUUAAGGAUCCAUCUGUGGUGAGAAAGGAAAAAGAGAAAAAGAAAAGGUUGAACAAGAUUACAUCUUCAGAAUCUAGUUCUGAUGGCCAAGUGAGAGGCAGACAGAAGAGGUCCUUAAAGGACAGAAAGAAAAAGAGAAGGAGAUACUCUUCAUCUGAUUCAUACAGCUCUGAUACUGAAUCGGAUUCCUAUUCUUCUGAUUCAGAAUCGUCACUUUCUGAUUCUAGUUCCUCGAGUGAUGGAAAGUACAGGAAGAGGAGAUCCAAAAAAACAGCAAAAUCCCAGCAUGGAAGGAAAAGAAAAGGCCAAAAAAGAGAGAAAAGAGGUCGAGUAGGAAAGCAUUCAAAGCGCAAGGCUAAAUGGAGCUCUGGUAGUUCAUCCGACAUCGGGAGUAUGAGUAUAAGUGAUAGUAGUAGUAGUUCUGAUGGUGAACGAGUUGAUCAUCGUACCACUACUCAUAAAAUAGAGGAUUCCAAGCAUUCUGAGACUAAAUCAAAAGGAAUUAUCGAUGAGAAGGAAUCCUUGAAUCCUGUAGCCGAGACCGCUGUGGAAAAACAGAAAAAUCAGGACGUCAAUUUAUUACAGGAAGAAGGUGAACUGUCCCCGAAGCAUGAUGACAUUCCGAACGAUAGUCACAAAACUGAAAUUGAGAGACUUGAGAGAUCUCCUAAUCAACAUCCUGUUUCAGAUGGCUCUAACUACUCCAGGAGCCCUACUCCUGAAAGGCCAAGAAACAGCCCCAGGAACAAUCUUAACAGAAAUCCUGAUAAGACAUUAGGAAAUUCUGGGAUGAAGUAUGAUGAGCGGAAUAGGACAAUGCCUUCACGGAGUCCUGUUCAUGGUUCUUUCAGAAAAGCUCCUGAUCCUUCAGCUUCAAAUCACAGUCAAACUUCAUCAAGAAGUCAUUCUCCAAAUGGCACUCCAAAACGUGUAAGGAAGGGGCGUGGUUUUACUGAGCAGUAUUCAUUUGUGCGUCGUUACCGUACUCCAUCACCCGAACGUCCUCGUGGUUAUGGUGGUCGAAGCAUUUAUGGAAGAAAUCGUGCUGGGUAUUCAAGCUACACAGACAAACGUGAUCGGUCACCUGAUAGGCGAUAUCGAAGCCCUCCUAGAGGCAGGAGCCCUCCAAGAUAUCGAAGGAGUAGCCGGAGUGUUUCACACAGUCCAGGAAGUUAUCGUGGUCGUUACAAAGACCGUAGCAAGAGUCGGAGUCCUAGUCCUUUGGAAAAGCGAACACAGAUAAGUGAAAGACUAAAAUCACGUCUUGGACCAAAGAAAAACUUUUCCCCUGAGAAAGAAAGAUCGCAGUCGAGGAAUCAUAAUUGUAGCUCGUCACGUUCAAGAUCUCCAGAUAAACGUCGUGGUGCUGCAAAUUCUGGUUCUCCCAGUCGGUCUAGAUCCAGCUCCUCCUUGUCUGGGCAAAGGGGAUUAGUUUCCUAUGGAAAUGGUAGUCCCGAACCCUGAUAAGAGCCAUAAGCUUUUUGUACACAACUUAUCUGCAAAGCUAAAGGAAUGGUAAAAAUACUUGGCCUUCCUACGACAUGAUGUUUGUAAUUUCUCAAGUGAUUUGUUUAUAUUGGGAUUUUGCUUCAGUUAUUUUCUUUA